CCCUGUUUAGUAUAUUUUUUAGGGCUCCGCUGUAUAUUCUAACGGUCUAGGGGCGGUCACACCUGGUGUCAUAUUGUGAAAAAUAUCAUAACAAAAACCAAUUCCCCGACAAUAUGUGGUUCGAAAUCCUACCUGGCGCCGUGAUCAUCACCACGCUCCUGUCGGUACCCAUAUACGCCAUGUACGGCCUGCAGAAGCUGACGAUCGGCAAUGCUUUCCGGCGCAACAUGGACGACCGUUUCGGGCGAGUAAUGUACCAGCGCGAUUUCCGACUGACCGACAAUCCCUACAAGAUGAACGGACUUGAGCAAAUUCCUGAUGAAGAAGAGGAAAAGGAACAAAUUGAGGAACCUGAAGAUCCCGCACUCUUAAAGAAAAGGGAAAAAGAGCGCAAGCAAAAGGAAAAACAAAGGAAGGAGGAGGAAAAGCUCCGGGAGAAACAGCUGAAGGAAGAGGAAAAGCAGAAGAAAAUGCAGUAAAAAUAUACAAAUAAACAUUUCGGCUGUGAAGUUCCCCGUCAGAAUAAAGGACUUUCGACCUUUGCCGCGCAUUUAACAACCCUGUUCUCGUGACAGGAAACCACCCCUAAGGGAGAACUACGGGUGGCGAAACAUCCCGUCGUCAACAUUUUGUGGUAUUCGGUGAAAAGGCGUCGUCGAGCAGUGAGCGCGCAAAUAAACAAAUAUUUUACCGGAUAA